AUGCUUCUUCGCGUUCGAGGGCCCGAUGGCAUGAUCAGGAUCCUUCCCCACCUCCCCGAUGCCAUCGACCCCCGCACUCUCACCCUCUCCAACUCUCCGUCUGGCGGAGACGUCAAGUUUCUUAAAGACAUAGCCAGCUUCAAGAUCGGCCAGGUUGGCCUAAAGCACGGUGACCUCAUCUUCAUUACCUACAAGUGCCGAGCCGAGUCCGCCGACGGGCAGGAAGACGAUGACACCUCAAAACCUACUUCCAAUCGGUUAAACGGAAAGCCGAUUCUCCCCAGCGAGGAGGUGCCGCUCCCGAACCCAGACAUCUCUACCACCGCGGAAGGCCCGCGCCCUUGGGAAACCACGAAGCAAUCAGCACUCGACGACCUGCUGGACAAGAAAGAUGGCAAAAUUCCGAGACAACGCUCUACAAUGUGCCGACACGGCCCCAAGGGCAUGUGUGAUUACUGCACGCCCCUCGACCCGUUCAAUAGCGAAUACUUGGCGGAUAAUGGCAUCAAGUACCUGUCUUUCCAUGCCUACCUAAAGAAGAUCAAUUCCGCCACCAACAAACCUGAACAUGGCAGCUCCUUCAUACCGCCUCUCUCGGAGCCCUUCUACCGCGUUAAAUCAGACUGUCCUUCAGGCCACCCUCAGUGGCCCGAGGGAAUCUGCAGCAAAUGCCAACCCAGCGCGAUCACGCUCCAGCCUCAACCCUUCCGAAUGUCUGGAAGCCAGAGGCUCGGCUUCCUGUACGGGCGAUAUGCCGAAUAUACCAAAGUACCUCUCGGUGUCAAGGCCAUAGUGGAGGCCAUCUACGAACCUCCCCAGCUAGACGAGGCCGACGGCUUGACGCUCGAGGCCUGGGAUAGCGAGUCAGAAAUCGACCAAAUUGCAAAGAUUUGUGGCCUCGAAAAGGUCGGCGUGAUCUGGACCGAUCUCCUAGAUGCGGGAAACAAGGACGGAUCGGUGAUAUGUAGGAGGCACAUAGACUCGUACUUCCUAUCCUCCCUCGAGAUCUGCUUCUCUUCGAGGCUCCAGGCUCAGCACCCCAAGCCAACGAAGUGGAGCCACAGCGCCCGAUUUGGAUCCGGGUUUGUCACCUGUAUCAUAUCCGGAAAUGAGCGUGGCGAGAUUGACGUAUCCGCUUAUCAGAUGUCUAACUCGGCCGUGGAGAUGGUCCGAGCCGACAUCAUAGAGCCGUCAGCCGAGCCUGGCGUAAUGCUUGUUCAAGAGGAAGAGGAGGAUCCCAACGUUGCGAGGACGAGGUACAUCCCGGAGGUGUUCUAUCGCAAGGUCAACGAAUAUGGGGCAAACGUGCAAGAGAAUGCGAAGCCGUCCUUCCCCGUCGAGUAUCUUUUUGUCACCCUGACACAUGGUUUCCCAGACGAGCCGAAUCCCAUGUUUACCGAGCCGGGCUUCCCCAUCGAGAACCGAGGAUAUGUUGGCGAGAGCCAAGAACAUUCUGCGGUUGCGAGGAUGCUGAAGGUGACAAGCGGGAGGCGAUCGGAGAGCAAAGAGCUCCCCGUCUCCAAUUUCCACCUUCUCUGCUUCCUUCACCAGAUGGGCGUACUCUCCAAGGAUGAGGAGGCUCUGUUAUGCAGAGUAGCGUCUCAGCACGACGUGUCUGACGCGUACCAGCUGCGGUCAACCGAGGGCUGGCAGACCCUCACAGCCAUCCUGCAAUCGACCGGUGAGCGUUCUCCAACCCCACGUUCCAAGCGCUCACGGGGACACGACGGCAACUCGUCUCCGAGUGGAGCCUCCGUGGCCAAGCGACGCCGCGGAGAUGAGUUGGGCCUCAAGGCCCACCAGCAGCCAGUUGUUGAAGCGCCACUUGCUAAACGUUUAUCCGCCGUUAGGCUGAGCGACGACAAGUCUGCUCCUAGAAGGUCUUCCACCUCGAGUCGGAGUAGUUCAGAGGAUGAACACAGCGAGUUAUCAUAA